AUGGUUUCUGUUUUAGCUUUAACUGCAAUAUGUUUGCCUGUUGAUGUAGAAAUUAUACAAUCAAUUUUAGAAAGGCCUAAUAUGAAAGUUAUUAGAACUUCAAUUAUUCAUCAUCCAGAAAUUACAUUAGAAAUUAAACCUAAACUAAUCGCAAAAAAUAAACUUUAUCAAAUUAUAUUUGAUUUAUUAGAUAAUCUUGAAGGACGCACAAUUAUUUAUGAGGUUACAGUUAUAGAGUGUAAUGAUAUAAUAAAAAAACUUCAAAAAAAUUUUGACCCAGCUAUUAUUGGAAUAUAUCAUGAAAACUUACAAGCUAGACGAUCUGAACAACAAUCUAGAGCAAUAUUAUUUUAUUCACAAAGUGAUAUCCGUACAUUAUUAACAAUUUUGAGUAAUAGGCAAGAAAGUUUUACAGCGUUACAACAUUCAUCUAAUCUAAAUGCUAUAAUAGAUAAAAAAGAAAAAGUUAUGACAAUGGUAUUAUUUGCAGAAAUAGUAUAUAAAUGCCAUCAACAAUUAGCGUACCAUUUUUUUCUUUGGCCUAAUAAUCCAAUGAUUUCAGAAUGUCACAAUUGCGAUAAUUGUAAGGAAUGA